UGACGUUGCAGACGUUUCGGGAUGCCGUAGCUAAAAACAGGAAAGAGCAGAAGUCAACUGAGGAGUGAAGAACAAGCAGAUAAAUGUCUUCUCCAAUUCAAGCAGACGAAGAUGAGGUGGAGGAAGAAGUGGAGUUUGUAUCAGAGGCUCCUCUCAGACCAGUAUUGGACUGUAUUGAUCUGCUGAGCGAUAGUGAGGAUGAGGGAUGUUCAUCAUAUGCAGACACGCUGGAAGAUAAAAUCGACCGACAUAAAGCGCAUGUUACAUCUACUCUGGAUAGACUCGCGCAGCAGGUGGCCCAAGAGAAACGGGCAAGAGAAGACAAAUGUAAAGCUUUCAAGGAGAAACAAAUCUUACAAAAAGCACAUGGACAGCAGGAGCUGGCUUUCUGUUCCACAAAUGGAAGCCAUCAGGAAGCAAAGCGUUGUGUAGAUAUGUGGUUAAAGAUGCCAGGUCUUAAACCUGGAGUGAUCAGUGCUGGUUCUGGACGGAGACACAGACCUGCUCCUUUCCCCCUAAAUACUUCAACUAAACACACUUGUCCGGUUAUCAACUGUGGUCGAGUGUAUGACCAUGCGUCUCUCCUCGACGGUCACUUAAAAAGAUUUGAUCACUCCCCUUGUGAUCCAACCGUCAAUCUUAAAGGAAGUCCAUCUGAGCUCUUUGCCUGUGAGGCCUGUGGUCAGUAUUUUCAGACUAAAGAAGCGUGGAGGAAACAUCUUGAAUCUAAGGUGUCCUCAUCUAGUGCUGAGGGUCACAGCAUCACACAGACCUAUCAGCGAAUUGUGUGUUUUGCCUGUCCUGCAUGCUACCUCCUCUUCAACCUCCGGGAUGAGUGUCUUCAGCACAUGUCAGCCAAAAACCACUUCACAGAGUCGCUCGUAAUGAGUGAACCCAGAGGAAGAGCACUGCCAGUUCCCGUCCCACAACGUGCUAAGAAUCGUCUCAUCACUUUGUGCAAGGAUACAGCGUUCAAUGUCCGGUGCUCUUUAUGUCACAAAGUACUUACCUCACAUCAGGCUGCUCAAGCUCACUUUAAUGUGCACUGCAGACAGGGCUGUGCGGUAGCCAAGGCUGAUAAAACCAUAGUGCAGGUAAUGAAACAGCUGCAAGUGCGAGGGCAGUGCUCCCUCUGCUGUAAAAUCUUCCUCAGCCAAGCUGAAAUGGAGAAACACAAAGAAUCGACCCAGCAUGACGUGGAGGUCAACAAAACAAUGGUGAGAGCACUUCUUCAGUUCUGCAGGUUUAGUGAAAUUCAACGCACCCAGAGGGCUAAAGAGACUCAGGAGAAGAGGCAGUCCGCUGGCUUUGAAACAGCUUUUCAAAAGAGAAACAAGAAGAGGAGUGAGUUUGAAGAAUUUCCAGCCAAACGGCAGAGACUAGGUUUGAACGGCAUCACCAGCAGAAACUCAACAACAGCAUGGUACUGCGAGUGUGGUCUGCAGUUCUCAGAGGAAGCCACAGCCAGCAAGCAUCUCUUGGCCGUGAACCAGAUUUUCCAUCAGUGCGGUGUGUGCGGCAAACACAUGGGAGAGUCUUCAAUUACCCGCCUGCAUAUGAGUCGCUUUCACGGGGGGGCUCAUCUGUCCAACUUCCUUUUCUACUGCCGCAAGUGCAAAGUGGAAAUGCCUCGUUACGAAGAUAUCCUCUCGCACGUGUCGCAAGUGCACAGCGGACACACCUUCUUCACCGAACAAGAAGUUCCCGAGGAGCUCACCACCGUCAUCGACGACAAGCCGUCCACCAGCGGCGAAGUCACCCUGCACUCAUCCUCUAAGACAACGGUUCAACCUGACACAGUAGAGGCACGUCCCUCAACAGCAGCUAAGACUUGGAUGUGCAGGAUGUGCGAGGACAUCUUUGACUCGGAAGCAGCCGUCCGGAAACACUGCAGAGACGUGAGCAGUCACAGCUUUCAGAGAUUCAUCUGCGGCCACUGCCCACAGAAGUUCUUUAAAGAGUCCACCGUACGCAGACAUUGUACGAAUGAACACGACGGGCAGAUAAAAAGCUCCCACUUCUGCGGCCUCUGCGACAGCAUGCAGUUCGAAUCGGAAGGUGAGUUCUUGGAGCACUACAAGAGUCUUCACAGUAAGGACUACUACUGCAUGGAUGACGCUGAAGUCGUUCAGCCAACUGUUGCUGAAAGCACCAGUCAGCCUACUUGCUCGUGCCCAUGCAUGGGUUCAGAGAAGAGCAAAGAAGAAAUGAAAGCUAUGUAUACACAGUGUAUGAGGAAUCUGGCCGCUGAUGGAAGAUGUCAGUAUGUGUGCGCUCCUUGUAGUCUAUCUGUGCCCUCCUACGCGCAGAUGAAGACUCACGUCCACACAAAACACACAGCCUUAAACCUGGACAAGACCUUCGAUGUAGAAUGCAAAACUUGCCAGGAGAGUUUUACAGACGUUCCAAGUUUCCAUAAACACUAUCACUCCCGACACUGUACGCUGGAACCUUGCAUGAGCUCCAGGACCUGCAGGAAAGACGUGAAAGCAGAACCCACUGCUGUCAAAAUACUCAACGCUGUGGAGAUCAAACCAGAAACUAAUGAGAUUGAAGAUGAAACACUGGUGAAGUUUUUGAACAUGGAGCAGGAAGAGAAAGAGAGUGAAGCCAAUGAAAAUGAGUCUAAUGACGAGAUGGAUCAGGCACUGGCUGUGAGUGCAGAGGAAAGAGAGUCAGCAGAGUUGGAAGAAGCUCUUAAAAGAAGCCUUUUGGAAUUCUGAGGAUAUGAAAAGAUUGUUUUUUUUGUUGUUUUUUUUGUGACACAGUGUUCAUCAGAUAUUAAUAGUAAGAUUUAUGUUGAGAAUAUGUUAAAUAAAUGUUACUCGUUAUUUUACUUCUUUUGCUGUGAUUUUAAUCAUUUUAAAAUCAACACAGGAGAUCACCACUGGUCAGAGUCGGAAGUUCCCAUGUUUUGGAAGGCUAGUUUGUGGCUGUUGCUUACACACUGUCCUCUCUUGUGAAGACUCGACACUUCAGUGUGUCGACACAUGUGCUAUAGAUGGCACUGAUGACACUGCAAGAUGCCGUAGCUGAACUAGUGACACCACGCUGCUAACUGCGUCUCCGGUUACCUUCUCUGUUCCAUUGCAGACUUGAAAUCCAAUGUAUUGUACGCACCUUAAGGAGUAGUUCUAACUAUGUGCCCCAAGGAAAGUUUCAGUGUUUGCUGGACUGCUGCAAUCCUAGUCCUCAACUGUAUAUGAUGGAAUAUUCAACCGUUUCCCUAAAAUGAAAACCAUAAAGUGUUAAUUGUGUUGUUCAGGACUCAACAGUAUCAAAAGGGACAUUAUUGAUCUGUGCUACAGAAAUAUGGUAUAACACCUUGGAGCUCAGAGUACACAGCACACUUACACUCAUCUGGAUGAAAAUAAAAGAAACUAAAGAGACAUUC